CCACACGUACUCUGUCUGCCCGUAACGGAGGAGGAGAAGGAGUCCGGUCGGAGAUAAACACCAUGCUGCCGUGCUGCAACUUUAAUUUUACACGCAGAAAAUUUCACGUCAGCAGACAAUUCUAGUUUGACGUCUCUCCCGGUGGACUUUACUGGAAAUUUAGGACGUUUUCUCGCUUUUUCGUCAUUCUGAAUUCCACUUCUGUGAGGACAGUUGAAGAUUCUGCCUUCCAACAUGUUGCAAAGCUUCGCUCAGUCGCAGGACUGGCUUUACUCAGAGCCGCUGCUGUUUGACGAUGAGUUCUGCCAAAGUUUGAUGAAGGACCUCCAGUCGCUGCCAACACCGCCGCAGUCCCCCCCCAUGAAGGCCGGGGUUGGCGGCAGCAAGCCCCUGUCCAAGGAGGACCAGCUGAGCUACGUGUCGGACAUCCUGCUGGAGGAUCACGACAUGCAACUCAACUGGAACUACGACUUCUUCCGCCCCGAUGCUGCUGAUAAGGAGGGCGAGCUCAGCCAGCCCUGCUCCCCCCUGGAGGAGAACGGCGAGGACUGCCUGUGGCAGUGCCUGGCAGCGGACAAGAGCCUGGAGGAGAAGCUGGUCUCUUCAGUGCUCGGCUCCAGCCCCCUGCUGUCUGACAUCAACACCAGCAUCUUCGAGGAGAUUGCCGGCUCCACACUGGACUGCCAGAACCUGAUGGAAACUCAGGAGCCCAGCGAAGCCACGUCAGACUACGGCUCAACCGGUGGCGAGCUGUCCACCUAUUCAUCCAGCGACUCUGAGGAGGAGAUCGACGUGGUGACGGUAGUGCGCUGCUCAUCCAGCCCAUCCCCUCUGCCCUCAUUGGCUGACCUGUCUGCCCGUCAGCAGAAGCAGGAAGAGGAGCAGCGAGCUCUCCAGCGCCACCACUUUGAGAUCCAGAUGCAACACAACUAUGCCGCGCCCUGUCCUGCGUCACCGCCGCCGUCAUCCUCUUCCUCAUCCCACAAGCGCUCGAGAGGCAGCGACAGCUCAUCGCGCUUCCACCACUCUUCUCGCAGCUCGUCCUCUUCGUCGUCUUCCUCGUCGCGGUACCACCACCACCACCACCACUCGUCUCGGAACUCGACAGAGACCGAGGACGAGGAGGAGCGACGGCGGACACACAAUGUGAUGGAACGGCAGCGGCGCAACGAGCUGAAGAACUGCUUCGUGCGCCUGCGCGACAACGUCCCAGAGCUGUCGCACAACGACAAGGCAUCCAAGGUGGUGAUCCUGAAGAAGGCCAGAGACUGCAUCUACGGCCUGGAGGACGAGGGACACAGACUGAAGUCCAAGAGGGACAGACUUAGAGCCAAACAGGAAGAGCUGAAAGCCAGGCUGGAGCAGCUUCGCAGCUAAUGGACCAAACCAUGGGCUGCUUUUUUAGGUGUUAGAGACAAUGUUGGGGAGGGGCGAGGGUGGACAAGGGAAGAGACUUUGUACAAAGACAGAGGGAUGGGUGGGACACAAGGUGCCGUGUAGCCAUGCUGAAAAGAGCGCACAAAGUUUGACAUUUCAAGGACUUUAUGGUAACAAUAACUCUGGACUGUAUAGACUCAUAUUUUCAAUUAUUGUCAUUGACAAACACAACACACUCAUUGCCUCAGAAUUAAUCAUUCUCAUGCCUUGACUGCUGACUGUUGUAGAGCGUAGGGUGUUUUUAAAGUGGAAACGAAGGUGGAGCGAGCAGAUUUUUAUUAUGUUUUUUUUUUUGAGUUUGGCUGGACGCACACUGAAAGACGAGAACAAUACCCUUUGUUAUCUUCCGUUUCUUUGUUUCGUCCCAUUCGGGGAUGCCAAAUGGCACAUGUGAAUAUUACACAGAAGCGCCUGUUGGGUCAAAUAACCUUGAAACCACAUCAGCUCAGUAGUUGAAUGAAACUUGAAUAUUGUGUUUUUCAGGAUGUCUUAUAGCCAUACUAACCAGUGAUCCCUCCACUCUGACAGGUGUGUGAUGGUGGCUUUGGAGUUAUUUGGCCAACUGCACUUCUGUCAAUUCCAGUUAAAUUCCAAAUCUGAUGCUAUGAUCAGUUAAGGGGUUUUUCAGUGUGCUCUCAGCCCUGUUUGGCCUCAGGCGGACCCUUGGGCCCAACAACACUCUGUUAUCAGGUUAAUGGGUGUCAUGACAGUACUGUAUAGACCAGGUCUGAUACUGUACACAUAACAACGCUCAGCCUCGGUUCAGCUCACCGCCAGCACACUCACUUCAGAGUAUGUGUGUGUUUUCUAGUUAAAGAAGUAGAAGUUGCUUUGUGUAUUUAAGUAUUUGUCAUUAAUAAACCGUUCACUCAAAGGUAGCCAUAUUAAUCAGCAUUCAGGUUUUGAGGAGACUGAGCUGGGAGGUAAACUGAACCCUGAGCUUUGCUAUUGUAGCAAAUCAGCCAAAGUUGGGAUGGAAAACCUCUGGAUAGCGGUUGCAUGUCUGUAACAGAGCGACAGACAGAUGGUGUCCUGACAUAUUUAAUGGUUCUGGUUGGAGGAAGCUGCACCAGCAGCGAUACUGUGACAUUUAGUUCUGUUGCUCGUAGAGCAGCCUCUUUGCUAAGUGUAAAUUAAGAAAGGCAGUUGACAUAUUUACCAUUAAUCCAGUGGAAAGUGCUUAAAUGUGAUUCAUUGGUCAGUGGCCCUCGUUGAACAAACUGGUAAAGAUUUCUGAGAUUGUCCCUCAGCAUCUAAAUGAACUACAGGUUAAGUCAUGAUUGAAUUUCCCUGAAACUAAAAAGCAGUUGAGCUUCAUCACAUUAUGAGGAUGAUGUCGAAUUAUACUGUAAUUCAGCUCCAGAUUGGCGGCCCUUCGCAGUUUUGAACCCAAUUGAUCACAUGGACCCAAAGUAGCUGCCGAAGAGCGCAGUGACAUCAAUGAAUAUUUUAAUGUUAAAUAUAUAAACGUAAAAGGUAAAUCUGGAUCUUGAGUUUGAAAUAUAAGUAAUGGGGUCGGAUGUUUAACUGAAUGCAGUUUUACUCUAAAUACCAAUUAUCGCCAAUGUUAUCCAUUAAUGUGCUGUUUGCAAUUGAAUGUGCAAAUGGGAAACAUUUGCUUAUUUGUGUCAAAUGUCUUAAAAUGCUUCUUGUUUUUUCUUCUUCCUCCUUUAGUCUGAGUGUACUUGAACAGACCCUGGUCGGUAGGAAUAAUGAGAAUAGAGGUGUUUUUAGUGGUGUGAAACCUGUUCUGCCUUGAAAUGCAUUCUGUUCAGGACGCCUUGUUCCCUUUGAUGAUGUCGCUGUCUGGUUAAAACCUCGCCUGCUUCUAACGCGAGCUAGUGUUUUUUCAGGGAAGCUUUAGCUUCUUGGUUUUUCUUCCAAACACCUCACAUUAUUUGUUAUUUUUUUCGUUUUCUAGAGGUUCCCAGUCACAGAGAACUGCCUCCUGAAGUAAAGAUUCAGAGGUUUUAACCUGACAGCAGGGAUGAUUUUUUUGUUUUCUUUUCUUAGCAUGAUACAACCUACCUCCACCUGGCUUCAGUCUGGCCUGUAAUGUUUCUUUUUCUGGUAUAUUGUACAGAUUUUUUUAAACAAAUGUAAAUAUUUUUGUUAUUGUAUCAUAAAUUAUUUUAGUCUUUUUUUUCUUGUUCAUUUGAAUUCGAGGAUUUAAAAGAAAUGUUAUUCUUUACAAGCAGCACUUUUUUUUUAAUAUUGACGUAAUUAAAGAAUGAAUGAGAGUA